GCUCCGGCUGCUCCUGUCGCCAAGGCAGUCACUUCUCCUGCAAGUUCGCAACCUGCUCAGCCGGCCAUGGAGCAACCUGCCGCAGCAGCCAAGGAGGCUCCUGCUGCAGCAGACGAGCAGGUUCCCGAGCUGAAGCCCAAGCCCGAGAGAACGUUGGACCAGAUCAAGGAGCAACUUCGAUCCAAGUCCCCCUACUCCCAGCGCAAGUCGCCAUGGGACACGUGA